CUUUCUCGCAUCUCACCACAUAGUGUCAACCUUUCAUCAGCAUUGGCUAAAAGUUGCACACCGAGCAAGCAGAGGAAGUUAAGACGUAGAUGCACCCUGGCAUACCUUUAUAUUGAACUGUUCAAAAUAUUGUUUGCUCAGUAUAGCAACGUUAUCCAGUUCUAAUGUACUCUGUCCAGCGAAACGUAGCUCGUCUAUAUCCUAGUGGAUUAAGAAUUGCGAAGAUGAGCCAAGUCGGUGAUUUGGGAGCCGGUGCCGGAAAGGGAGGUGGCGGUGGAGGCUCCAUCCGGGAGGCUGGUGGAUCUUUCGGUAAAAUGGAAGCAGCUCACGAGGAGGAAUACUUCUACAAGCAACAGCGAGAACAGCUGCAGAAGCUGAAACCGAAGACUGAGGGCGGAGCUGCUGGCGAACAGAAGGCUCCACAGGGAGGCAAAAAGUAGGGUGCUUAAAUAAUAAUAAAAAAAUGACUGAAACA